AGCAAGCAGGGACGCUGUUGGGGAGUGGCUCACAAUUAGUUCUCAAAAGCUUUCGGACUCGCGUUUGGUUGUUGGUCGCUGCCGAUCGAGCAAAAUGUUCUGCAGACGGGUUUGCCAGAGACUCGGCCCGGUGGUCCAGAGGGUCUUCACACCGACCUUUAGGAAAUCUCCAGUGCGUCACAUGGCCUUCGGGGUUCCUGGUGGCUCCACAAACAUGACAUACUUUGUUUUGUGUGGAGGAGGCCUGACUGCUGCAGUUGUCUAUGCCUACAAGACGGUCCUUGGUGAUAGUGAGCGCUAUGAGGACAGACUCGCCAACAUGGGCUCCACAGCAAAGGCUAAAGCUUCUUCAGGUGAGACAGUGAUUGCUGCAGCUGAGCCCGCCCCAGUGGACGAGGCAGAGCCGCCUGUUGACGUGAUGGCAGAGUCUGUCGCUGCACCUGCCGAGCCCGUGGCAGAGAGCACUGCUGAGCCUGUUGUUGAGAGCGCAACACCUGAAGAAGAUGUCGGUGUGGUCUCUGAGGUCAUUGCCACUGAGGACGAAGCUGAGCCAACUGCUGUGGAAGAAGUUCCAGCUGUAGUCGCCGAAGCUGUUCCUACCACUGUGGAGGAGAGCCCAGCCACGGAGGAGAGCCCAGCAGAGGCGCUUGCGAGUGCUGGUACAACAGUACUGGAUGAGGCCCUCCUCCCUAGUCCCCCUGCUGAAGCAGAAACUGUUCCUGAGGCUGUGCCAGAUCUUCUUACAGCUGUAAAAAUACUGGCUGGUUCCACAGUUGAAAUUGCUGCAGCUUCUGUUGGAGAGUCCAGUUUGAUGAGAGCUGCCCGUCACAUAGAAGAAGAUGGAAAGGGUUUGGACUCUGUGUUGGAAGUGUUUCAACUUGAAGUCCUUGAGGGAACUGAAGAUCUUGUGGCUAAAGAACCCUUGGAUGAAACAGUUGUCAUCACAAAUGAAGAGGAGCUGGACCCUGCAGAGGUGGUCAGUGGUGAUGAAGAGCCUAGUGCAGAAGUUAAAGUGUCUCCAGAAGAGAUAACUACAGAAGAAGCCCCCUCUCCAGCUACUGACGAAGAGGAGGAAGUACCUCCUGAGGAAGCUGCACCUUUAGGUCCCACUCAAGAGAAUGCGGGAGGGAUGCAUGCUGAAGAUCAGAAUCCAGCCCCUGAUCCAGAAGACAAAAACAUACCUGAAGAGGCCUCACCUGAAGAAGCUGCACCAUCUGCGGAGGCAAGCAAGACUGCUGAAGCUGCAGUGGACGAAGAGCUGCCUGUAGAUGGGACGUCUGUGGAGGAGGCUGAGGAAGCUGAAGCACCAACAGAGGAGACAGUCGCUGCCUCAGAAGAGGAAGGUACCAGCCGGUCAAAAAUAGAGGUGCUUUCAGCUGCUGAACCAGAGUCCAACUGCCACCAUGAUUCCCUGGCAGAGGUGACCAUGCCCACAGCUGAUCAGCCAUCCCAAAUCCUUGAGGAAGCUGUGGAUGAGAUGAAAGAAAGCAGGGAAGCAGUGUCACCUGUAGAAGCACAAAGUCCAGAGGCAGUAGUGGUGGUGAUAAGCCAGUCAUGAACUGACAGUGUGCCUUCCAGAUCACUCGUCAAGCUGUCCAUCAAAUGUGGGCGACCAAGAAAAUACAAACAAAGAAAUGUAGAUUUUUAUCAUUCGAAUGUGUCCUUUUGAGUUGUGUGACUAUCCCAACGUCUAUGACUCAAUUCAUUAAGUUGGUGUUUGACCUAUUGAUUUUAUUUUAUUUUAUUUUAUCUUUUGUCCACUAGAGGUCACCAUUACAAGGUGUUUCAUUACUAGAGCAUUUACGAGACUGGAGAGUUGGCUUUGUCGUUGGUGACGCUAAAUCUGCGCCAGAGUUUAAAUUUCGAGCAGGACUACACCCAUGUAAUGUUUUCUGUUACUAACUGUAUGCAUUUAUCUUCUUUUUGUACGUAAAAAAAACUGAAUGACAUACAGGUUAUGCAUUCUAUAUGUUCGAGUAUUCUUAUUAUGAUCCUAAUUUGAGUGUUGUGCAGGAAAAAAUACUUUUAUUAGAAAAGACAACAUAGCUACAUGAAACAAUACUAAUUAUGUUAUUUUUUAAGAUGAUACGGGUGACCUGCUCAAUAAUCGGUACAUGCAGUAUAUACGUGCAAAUGGUGGUUAUUGCAUUUAGACAUAUUUCAGUAACUAUUUUGUAGAGUCAAGCAUAAAUUCAAUUGAGGUGAAGAUGAACAGAUUUGUCGGUGAGUGUAAUUACAACGAUUGUGAGGACCUACAUUAACUCAUUGUAAUGAGCAAAUAAUAUGUCAUAAUCGUGUGUUAACAUUGUACUGGAUUAAUAAACUGUUGGAAAUCA